UACCUUCAUAACAUUAGUCUUGCAUGGCGAGGACUUGACUGACAACAAAAUCAGGCAGAAAGAAAUAAAGGGAAAAGUUAAUACACACUCCUGCUGCUCAAGGGCGUAUAGAAUAUCACGUGAAGCAGGAUGGUGAGCGUGAUGGCCGUGGGCUCCUUGUGUCGUGGGUUAGGGGCCCUCACUCUUAGAUCAGGAGGACCAUCUCUGACGACUAUUUCAUUUACUAAACACUCAUUCCAGCAGGUUAGAAGUAACUAUAACAUCCACUAUAUUGACCAACCUGCGCCUGGCGACCAUAAAAACUACCGCUAUAAGGUACACUUCCCAGAGGAUGGCCAGUACACUGUUAAACCUCUCAAGACUACUAAGCUAGGGGGCCGUGACCCUGAAACAGGUCGUAUCAUUGUGGGUACACUGGGAGGCGGAGCGAAGAGAAAUUAUCGCUGGAUUGAUUGGUUUAGGUAUGGCCCCAAGGAUGGGACGUUCCUUGAGGAGAGAGUCAUAAAAAUCUUAUAUGACCCCAAUCGUUCAGCCCGUAUUGCUCUUGUGGCGCAUGGGGAUAAUUUAAGGUACAUCAUUGCCACUGAGAAUAUGGCGAGUGGAGACCUCAUCAAAACGUCGAGCUAUAUACCACGGAUACCAGUGCGGCCAAAAGAAGGGGAUGCCUAUCCUGUAGGAGCCUUACCCACAUCAACAAUUGUAAACUGCUUGGAGAUAAAACCUGGUGAUGGGGCUCGGUUCAUCAAAGCUGCCGGGACAGGAGGAAUAAUUAUGAGGAGGAUUGGCAAGAAGGUUGUUGUUCAGUUACCAACUAAGAGAGAAGUGGCUCUUGAUCCUGAGUGCAUGGCAACUGUAGGAAGGGUGUCAAAUGUGGAUCAUGGCAAAAAACAUGUUGGCUCUGCACAGAGGCGACGCUGGCUGGGAAGACGGCCGGCAUCUGGGCUGUGGCAGCGUAAAACUGGUUAUAAUGGUCGAAAGAUCCGUCCUCUGCCCCCGAUCAAGUCUUAUGGUGUACGUCCAGAAGAACUGCCGGUCAUGAGGUUCACCAUCGGCUCAGAGGGUCCUUCUAGACGUAUCAUUCCCAGUACAGAUCGUGUUACUUAAAGUUACACACAAGAAGUUGUUAUUAAAAGACUUUUUUAAUGACAAAGCAUUUAUUGUACAUAUUAAUAAAUAUGAACACUUUUA